UCCCCCUCCCUUCCAAACUCUUCUCAAAAAGGCCAGAUGACACGAAGGUCUUAUGUUGUCCCCUCUUAAAUAAAGCUCAGCAGGGGGCGCGGAAGAGGGGAGACUUUCAUCGGCACCACAUCCACCACGACAGGACUAUACAGUACAUCCUGUGACAUUGAGGCUCUUUGGGAGAAGAAGGUUCAUACCCACAGAAGGAAAUGAAUGUGGCUCUUAUUCAUGAUAAGCUUUUUAUAAAAGAUCUCUGGGAACAAAAAAUUGCUAAACACGACCAAAGGACAGAAACUGAAGACAUGAGGAAGAAAAAUAGUGCUCUCACCAAGCUGCGAGACGAAUGGCACCGAAGGCUUGAGAGUCGAACAAAACAUCUGAAGAAAUUAAAUGACGAACUUCUGAGGAAGAGCAAACUUGCCAAACAGGCAGAUGACACAUAACGGAGUGUUGCAUUUGUCCCCUCUGUUCUCGUGAAGAGUGAUGUAUUCUUUCUGAUAUCAAUAAAAAACGUGUUUUAUCAUGAUCACUCCUGUUUUGUCUCACACUGAGGGAAGAUUCACUAUUGAGCAUACUUUUUAGUCCAGCAUUAUCUAUACUUAGGUUUAAGGCUUACGCAUAGGCUUAAGUAGGCUUAAGUGAACGAAGUGUACACACUUGCAGUUAAAACAGUUUGAAGAGUGUUGGAAACUGACCCGAGGAGUUCAGUUUUCUCAAGUGUAUUCUAGUAUCACUGUAAAAGGACUGCAGAAGUCAACUAUAUAAAUUGUGCCAUUUCUACAUGGAACAAUGACACUAUUGGUAUGAAUAUAGGAAGUUUUACUGAGAUCAUGU